CAUAGGUAAGGAUCUGAGCGCCAUCUUGGUUUUGGACAAAUAUAUCCACAAGAGAUAAAUUCAAUGGUUUGCAGCUAUUUAUCUGACUUCGUCCUCAAACAACUGCACCAUUAUCAGAUCUUAUCGUUCCAAAUCAAUAUUGCAUGAGGCUUUAGGCUUGUAACAUAGCUGUGGUCGUGUUUCGAAAAGAAUUGAGACCCCGUUGCUGCUUAUUUUGGCAGAUAAAUUUUACUUCUUUGAGUUGUCCUUGUGGAGUGUUUGGAGUAUUGCCUGUGUCUUGUACAGAUAAUUAGCACUAUUUGAAGCUAUUCACAGACUUGAUGAUUUAAUGAAUUGCCAGUAGGAUGGAGUCGGUAAAGGCCAACUUUUCCAUUUCUUCAAAACAGAAGGGGUGACGAUUUCUUCUGAUUCAAACAAAUUUUUUACUGGAGUUCAAAAAAAAAGGAUCCAGCAUGGAUUCAAGUCAGUCUGAUCUCCAGCUGCAAGGUCAGCAUUUGAUACAGCGUUGUGUCAUAGUACAGAGGGAUGAGAGGGGUUAUGGUCUGACCGUUACCGGUGACAACCCAGUCUAUGUCCAGUCUGUUAAGGAUGAUGGUGCUGCAAAGCGUGCAGGUGUUCAGGUCGGGGACCGAAUCAUCAAGGUCAAUGGCACAGUCGUUACUUAUUCCAAUCAUGUUGAAGUUGUUAAACUUAUCAAAUCUGGUUCAUAUGUUGCUCUUACUCUACUUGGUAGGCCCCCAGCCACUUCACUAUCCACUGAAACAAAUUCUUCUGCUUCAAAUCAAAUAAUCCCAAGAGAUCAGGUACCUCCCUCCUCUCCUCCUUCUACCAGAGAUCACUGUCGAGAUGACAAGACUCAAUCUGUUGAGCGUGUGCUUAUUCAAGAACAGGCAUUUUAUGAGCAAACUAGAGAGGAAUAUAUGAAAAAUCCAUCGGAAAAACUGCAGAAACAGCUUGCAGAGUCUACUACACGUAUUAAAGCUUUUGGUGCAGAACUUGCUGCUCUUACUGGAAAAGAUUACUCUAUGCCAUCAGCUGGGUCUCAAUCUGCACCUCCAGGCCAAACACAAAACCCGAUUUUCAGAUCUGCAUCCAUGUCUGAUUCAGAAUGGAUAGGAAGAAUGAAGAGCGAUAUCCCCAAUGAAAAUUCAGAUGCUGAUAAAUUUGUCCCUCCCUUCCCUCCUGAGCGCAAGUACAAAACAGAUCAGAUCAAAUCCAAGCUCAUUGACAAUAAAUCAGCUUCUAAGUCAACUAAGUCCAGGACACUUCCUGGGAGAUUACGCAAAAAACCUGCCACAUUAUGUACAGAACCACCUCCCAGUCAUCAUGUACGCCAGCAUUCUAGUCCUGAAGCAUCUUUCCGUGCUGAAGGAGAGGAAAACUCUGGGACUUCUAGAAAGAAAUCAAGAGGCAAGAAGUAUAGUGUUGAAGAAUUGUCAAGUGCUGGUGCCGCAGGACUGCAUCCUCCCUCCUCACCUUCAUUUCUUAAGAGAGCUUUGCUGAAUAGAAGGUCACCAGCUUUGCCUCCAUCAUGGAAUUCAGAGCUAUCAGACAAAAGGACAAGAAAUGGCUCCUCACCAACACCAAGUACUGGAGAUGUUGAGCCAGUGGAGAAAAAAGAACGCAGUGAUACAGUACUCUCUAAUGAGGAUGAACCAGUUUUCACUUCAAGUAGUGACCCAACUGUGCCUAAAAGUGAAGGAUCAAGGCAGAUGCAGAUCUUUUGUCCUGAUGAGGAGGAAUUCCUUUCUGAUGAAGAGAUUGGAGAAGAUCACGGUCCAUUCAAUGAACUUGAGUUGCUGAAAAACAAACCUGCACAUUUAGCUGUAUUCCUUCAUUAUCUGAUAUCUAAUAGUGAUCCAAGCAGUUUGUUCUUCUGGUUGGUAACAGACUCUCAUAGAGAAGGCAAUUUCAAAGAAAUGAGAAAAUGGUCAUAUGAAAUAUAUUCCACCUUCCUGGCCGACAAAGCACCUCUAAAAGUAGAUGUUGACAAGGGUAUUGUACAAGCUAUUGAGGCUACAUUAGGUAAAGAGUGCAGUGAAGAGUGCCUAAGAAAUCUUUUUAUACCAGCAAGGUCCGCAUGUACCACUGAAAUCAAUGAACAGCUGGCAGAUUUUCGGAGCAAGAGAGCUCUUGGCCUCGGCAGUCUGUUUGGUGAUAAUCAACUUGAAGAUGAGAACAUGGACAGAAGUAAAGAAAUGAGAGUUGUAGAACAAACAUUAAUGCAUCACUUGGAGAAUUCAUGGGUUGAAAUGGAUUCCACUGAUCCAAAAACUGGAGCUGCAGAUUAUGAUAGACAUUCUGCCAUGGCUUCUGCUUUGACCACAUUCAUGAAGCAAGUAGGAGUGACCGUCAAGACUGGGUCAGUCUAUGGGAAUAUCCUAGAAAAAUGCUCAAGUUUUACUCAGAAGGAAGGAAAAUCAUUAUUUAAAAUCAAGCAAAGUAAACGGGCCAAGAACCAUCAUCUGGUUAGUACACACUAUACUAAUGUGACAUAUUGUAACAAGUGUUUUGGAUUACUGUGGGGAAUUGGUGAUCAAGGCUACCAGUGUACAGUAUGUGAAUACAAUGUACACAAGGCUUGUUAUGAAGCAAUAGAAGAAACCUGCCCAGGACCAAAGAAGAGAAAGAAGGCAAAUGGUGGAACAUCAAUGAAAAGAACUGUUAUUGCAAAAAGACAACCCACCAAUGCUGAAGAAUUUGCUACCAAUCGACAUGUCACCAACGUACACUUGGUACCCAGCUAUAACCAACCAUCUGGUAAAGGCAAAGAUUUUGACUCUGAUUUGCAAGAGAGUGGUAUGAUAGAUAGUUCAGCAGAUGAGAGCUCAGUCGCAAGAAAAGGAGACAGGUUGUAUCCAACAAGACCAGAAGAAGGAGGAGAGUCAUUUUCUGAAGGAGAGGACAGGUCAGUGUCUUCCCCUGAGGAAUCAUUACCUACUGUUCCUGUUUCUACUGUAAAGAAAAGUAACAAUGAACUAUUUUCUUCAAGGAAAUUUGUCAUGAGAUCUGAGAGUGUCAAAACACCAAAGGAGAUAGCCAGUAAGAAGACUCUGGGAUCCGUACCAAGGUCAGGAAGAAAAUCAGUUGCGAUUGGAGACUUUCGAGGCAAUGACAUACAAGAGUCUGGUGUUCUUAACUAUGGAAGAGGCAAUGAUUCACCUACACUAGCUCUAGAUGCCGUGUCAGAAGAUGCUAAACGUGUACGCUCACGUUCUGCUACUUUUCCUUACACAGAAGAGGAAGUGGAUUCCGACUUUGAAGCAGAUACCCAACCUCCGUGGCAACAGACUGUAGAUAAAAAGAUUUUAAAGAAACUUAAGCAAAAAGAAAUAAAACGCCAAGAGGUCAUUCAUGAACUCAUUCAUACAGAAAAAACCCAUGUUAGAAACCUUAAAGUACUGGAUAAAGUAUUCUACAGACCAAUGAAAAAGAAGAACAUAUGGCAAUAUGACAUGAUAAGACUACUUUUUCCUAACUUAGGUGAUCUUAUUCAAGUACAUGUUUUACUUCUCCAAGCUAUGAAGAAGAGAGAGCUAGAGAAUGAAGUAAUUUCUAACAUUGGAGAUAUCAUGUUAGAUAGGUUUGAUAAUGAAGCAGGAGAGAGGGCUAAAGAAGCUUGUGCAACAUUCUGUAAUAAUCAGAAGUAUGCACUUGAUCAACUCAAGCAACGAAAGGCAAAGGACCAAAAGUUGGCUCAGUUUAUCACAGCCUGUGAAAUGAAUCCAUUAUGUAGAAGGCUAAAACUGAAUGAAAUCAUAUCAACCAGUUAUCAAAGACUGACAAAAUACCCCUUACUACUUGAAGCUAUCAAUAAAAAUACUCCAAGUUCGUUACCAGAUAGUAAAGAUAUUGAGAGAGCAAUCACUUGUACCAAGGAUCUUCUGGCUUAUGUCAACCAAAGUGUAAAAGAAUGUGAAAAUCAUCAGAGAUUAUUAGAGUUCCAAAAGAAGAUUGACAAACGGCAAAUAGAAAGUAACCCUGCUAGAAACAUGGAUGAAGUCAAGGGUGAUGAUGAUACAAUACUGUUGAUGGAUGGUGAUGAUGAUAAUGGUUUUGAUGUUGGUGGAGAUCUACAUGUUUUGCUGUUAGAAGACAUGGUGAUUCUCUUACAGAAACAAGACGACAGACUCAUCUUGAAAUGUCACAGUACAAACAUUUCCAAUGCUUACCAAGAGAAGACAACUCACAGUCCAAUAUUGAAGCUCAAUAAUUUAUUAACGAGGAACGUUGCUACUGACAAGAGAGCCUUCUUCCUGGUUGGUACAUCAGCUGCAGGGCCGCUAAUCUAUGAACUGGUUGCAGCCACUAUAACAGAAAGAAAAAAUUGGUACAAACAUUUGACAGAAACAGCAGAAGCCAUCAAAGUCAAAGAACGAGGAAGGCGAGGUGGUGUAUCAGUUGGAGGUGGUCCUCGGUCUAACGGAACAGAGACACAACCCCUCAGACGAAGGGGUGGCUUGCUCCCCCCUGGAAUUAACAUCAAUCCUCCUCCUUUUGCCAUUCAAGAGAAUGGGAAAAGUAACGAGGAGGAAGAAGACGAGAAAGAAACCAAUGAGUCCUCUCCUGUUGAGGAAACACCCAGCAAGGAAAUAAAACCUGUCAGCUCGAUAGCGGAAGCUGAAGAGGGACCAGAACCUGUACAUGAACCAGACGUUGAACCAGAUGUUGAACCAGAAACCGAAACGGAAACUGAGACAGAAACUGGUGAAGACCUCGAAAGUGAAUCGGAAGCACUUCCUCCACCACCACCCCCACUGGAACAAAUCCCAGAUAUACAUGAACAGGAGGAUAUAACAAGACCAGAAACCCAGAUAAGGAAUGACAUACCCCCUCCACCUCCAAUAUCAGUAAAUGUCCCUCUCCCCCCUUCCCUCUAUGACAAAACCUUCGUAGCUGAUUUGACGAACGAAGAAAGUGUGGAUGAAAAGUCCCCUACUCAAACCAGUGUGAUAAGCGCAUUCUCCGAGUCUGGUUCAUCAUCCAGUUCAUCCAACGAGACAAUGAAGAGUACCAAGUCUUAUGGACAGUGCUCUGAUCAUGAUGAUACUGGCAGUAGUGCAUCUAAUAGAUCCUCAUUAGUGCUCUUAGCAGAACAGCUCCGAGGUAAAGAUGAAGAACUCAAGAGAACACUGCAAGACAAAGAGAGAAUCAUAGCUGAACUAAGGGGUGCUGUAAUGACUUCUGGCUACUCAUCAAAUGAGGGUCAUAUCAAUAGCGACCCCAUGGAAGCAAGAGAUCUCAUAUUGGCUGCCAUCUUGCAAGCUAAUCGUCUGACGGUGGCUGUGAGUGAUAUUCUUAGUCCAGGGCCUGGUGAAGAGGACGUUAGUAGGUCUUUUACCAAUUCAUCGUUAGACCGAUCCGACAACGAAGGAACAAUCUCACCUCAGCAACAGUUAGUUUUAUCGACAUCAAUAUUAAAUGAACAGCUUACAGCCCUAUUGGGGAUAAUUACAGACCGAGAUAUGGCAAGAGAAAGUUUACAAAGUGAACUUCAAGGUGCCAACAGUCAAAUACAACGGCUCAAACAAGGGCGUUCCUCAUCCCGGCGAACACGUGAUUCUGGAAGCUCAAGCUAUAUAUCACGUGAUGAUGAUGACGAUGAUGUUUAUCAUGGCUUCCGGUCAGCGGACUUGCGAAGACCCAGUUCACCUACGUCGUCAGCAGCCGAUAUAGACUCCGAUUAUGCACCUUUGUCUGAGGCGAGUGCAAGUGACUGGCUAUCAGAGGACAAUAUGGAUGUAGGUAGAUCAUCAUCAUUCAGCUAUCGCGAUAGAAAUUCACUGACAACAAGUGGAUACCGAUCUUCAACAGCGUCCUCGCAAACUUCACGACACAGGUAUCCCGCCAGCAAGACCUUGUAUUGGAGCGACGACCCCGACACAGAGUCCCAAUUUUAGGAUUUUAUCGUAAGCCAGUUGCGUUAAUCCAUUAAUAUCAAUAGCAUUAUAUUUAAUGGUCCAAACACGACCGCAAUCCCGAAGGUAUUUUGCCAAACACGAUUUGUAGACAGCUUUUACUAUUAACCAAAGCUUUAAUAGAAAAGCAAAGAUGAGCAACUAUUCAUUAGAGUGUAGACCUUGUAUCCGUGAAAUAGUACUAACUGAUAAGUACAAAAAAGCACCAAUGAAACAUUCGAAAACAAAACAAAUAGAUUUGUUUAGUGAUACUUAAUUUUUAUGCUAUUUCAUGGAUAUAUUGUUUACACUCUACUCAACGAAUGAUGUUCUUUGUACAUCACCUUCCAUAGAAAAUUCGUAUUUUUAACUCAUUAAAUCGUCAAACACGGGGCAAAUAUUUUUACAAUUUCAAUAGCUGAUAAGAAAGUUUGGUCCAUUUUGAUGACCAGGUGUAGCAAAACAAGAAAUUGUAAAGAAAGACUUCAAAAUUAAAUUAUAAGAAUAAGAGAUUUUUUAUAAAUGUUUUUAUAAGAGUAGACAAUAAUACAAAUGCGCGUCCAGUGAAUCCCAUACAACCAUUCAUAUCCCUAAGGCAAUAAUAAUUUAACUGCGAAGACUAGACUAAUGAAGUCAGUCAAUUUGUUAGAUUCCCGCCAAAAGCGCGCGCGUGCGUCUUUCUUUCUGCAUAUUUUGAUGAAUGAAAUCUAUUGGAAGCGGUUUUUAUAUAAGCGACGUUCUUAUUGGCUAUUGUAAUGGUGGUAGAAAUGAUACGAACUAAUAAAAUUACUGUUGAUACUUGCUGCGAUUUCCAGUCACAUGCGACCAACUAAGACCUAAAUCACAAACGAAAAAUUGAGGUGGAUCCUAACUAAUUCAGAGCGAAUUUUGGAUUAUUUUAUUCAAUUUCAUAACUAUUUUUCUGCCUGGACUUUCCAUCCAAAUUUAUACACGGGUUGCAGUAGUAUUAGAUGAAAAAAUUCUAAAGUUUUCAGAAAAAUCGUACCUAUAGGCGAUAAGGAGAAAAAGCCAAAAACUAAAAAUAGCACUGUUUGAUUUUCGGCUGUAAUAGGCUAACAGUUUACUUAAGAAUCUUAAAAUAAAAUAAGCUAUUAGAUUACCAAAGCACAUUAUAUGAAAAAUCCAGUCAAACUGACGCACUAGUUUUGCGUAGCAAGCGAGAAUAAAACUGUCCACUGAAAAUUCGCUCUGAAUUAGUUAAACAAGCCUAAAGAUUCCGACUUCGAAUUUCAAACGCUAAACUACAAAUCAUAGUUAUAGUUGUGCAGUCAAACGUUUGAGAUUCGGAGCUGGAAUACUAACAUUUUAGAGAAAAUAUAUUCAGACCGAGAAAUUCACAGCGACAAGAAGCAUGAGAUAAGGGAACCGAUUUUUUAUGAAUAGUCUCCUUCACAGUUCCCUGCGCCAUCUUGAAAGGAGGUAGCUGUGGCUUUGCAUCGAAGCGAGACGAACGGUGAGCUUGCAAUUAUAGAGACCUUUUUUAAACACCUUGUAGAAUUAAUCACAUGUCUCUAUCAUUGCAAGCUCACCGUUCGUCUCGCUUCGAUGCAAAGGCACGGCUACCUUUCAAGAUGGCGCAGGGAACUGUGAAGGGGACUAUUGCACGUGUUCAUCAGAGUGUUCACGCCAGUCCUGGUGUAGAAACCAAUAGAUACGAUAGAAACCCUUUUGAUUGACGUCCACCCAAACUCAAUGUUUCGUUUGUGAUGAAGGUCUAGUUGGUCGAGUAUGACUGGGAAUCGCAGUAAGAUUCAAAAUGAUAUAGGGAUGAAGGGAAAGCAAAAGUACUUUUAAAAUGUUGUAAAUAUACUUUUUGUGUAAAUUAGACUUAUUUUAAUAUGUAAUAUGUUUAAUACACCUAUAAUUAUAAAGAAUGUCUGUUAUUUUACAAGACCUUAUUUCUUUUAAUGUCGGGAAAUGAUUAGUGCUAGCUGAUUCGUAACGCGCAUGCGCACUUAGGAUUUAUUUUAUUCUUUCAAAAUUAUCAAAUAUAUCAAUCCAUUUUACAAUGACAGAGCCAUUAAAAAUUAAGACCCUGUUGGCAGGGUAGAACGGA